UACUUUUCCCCCUUUUAAUUACUUUUUUUCCCCCUAACUUUAAUAUCAUGUGAUUUUGAUAAGUAUCUUUUAAAUAGAUUCCGUUUUACGUUGUAAUAUAAAAUGUUGUGUUUAUUUGUUUCUGAUUUAAGCAAAGGGUAAAAUAGGUAAUCAUUUUUUUGACGCCACCUCAGGCGUUCCCUUAUAUAAUAGAGAUGCAAAUUAAAUAUUAGGAAAAUAUACAUUAAGAGUUUCAAAACAGAAAAAAAUUAGGGAUGAGUUUUAAUAAUUUAAUGCGACGAUUUUAUAUGUGUAACGGGUUGUACAAUUGAACAUUGUACAUGGUACAAUAAAAGCUAAAUAGCCUUAGAAUGGAGAUUGUUAGAACAUCUUGUGGGACAAAAUUAGGAAUGAGUAUAAUUUUCAAAUCAAAGGAAAGUUGGAGUUGCUUAUGUUGAGGAUAAGAUAAGUUCGGGAGAAAUCGACUAUGUUGGUUUGGGCAUGUGACACACACUGCAUAUGAAUUUGACAUGAAUAUUUAAUCUCAAAAGAGGGCAAGUUGCAAACACAUCACGUUAAGAGCUAUUUAAUUUAAUUUAAGGACUCAAGACUUUGUUUACUUAAAUAACAAACUAAUACAAUUAGUGUAUGUUUAAGUGUGUCUUCUAAUCAUGGAAAUGGAAAUGGAAACGAAAAUGACAAGAUCAUCUCCAAUGUUCAAAGUAACCACUUUUGUAUUGUAUUUGAUGAUGGUGUUGCAGUUGCAUUGUGGAUGUGUUGAAGGGCGCUUACUUUCUCUUUACAAACCAGACCCCAAUGAUGUUGUUGCUUACGCUCGUUGGUUGGUUGCCCAGAACUCUUGGGGAUCCCUCAGUACCAUUUCUGCAGAGUUUGGAGGUGCACCUUUUGGGAAUGUGAUGUCAUAUAGUGAUGGACUGCCAGGCGAAGGUGCAGGUAUACCGUACUUCUACCUAACAACCCUUGAUCCCACCGCGAUAAAUGCUUUAGAGGAUCAGAGAUCCUCAUUGGCAAUUAGUGAAUACCCAAUUGGGACUUGUGGGGAAAAAGAUCCACAGAAUCCUACUUGUGCACGAAUUACACUAACAGGAAAGGUGUGUUUAAUUUGUAAACCUUUAUCUGUAAGAUUGCAAUGUUUUAUAAAUUUCUGCUUCAAAACUGUCUUUUUUCCUUUUCAGUUGAAACUGGUUGAUGCAAACUCCAAAGAAGCCGAAUUUGCAAGGUCUGCCUUGUUCACAAAGCAUCCUGAGAUGAAAUAUUGGCCUGGCUGGCACAACUUCCAGGUUUUUAAGCUAGAAAUCGAAAAUGUAUUCAUGGUUAACUGGUUUGGAGGCCGAAAAUCUAUAACUGUUUAUCAGUAUUUAAAUUGGAAAAUGUCAGUGAAGCUUCUGAAACAUGAUCCAGCAAUUGGUUCUUCUUCUGAUUUCUAAACUACAAAAAUGGAGGAAUACAGAGUUUAUGGCAUUACUUUCAUGCAUUGGGAUUACAGUUCUGGCAUGCUUGUAUUCCUUUCUGAAUUCUGAUUACAACUUUCGUGCAAAAUGUAACACCCGGUAUUGUUGUAAUUUGUAAGGUGUGCUCUUAUUUUCUAUCCUCUUAA